AUGGCCACGGCACUGCCGGCACCCCGAGGUUUCCAGCGGGGAGCAACACGGAAGGGAGGAGGGGAGCGGGAGCAGAGCGUCGGGGCCAUUGGGGUGGGAGGAAGCGCCGCGGGCUGUGGGUCGGCGAAUGGCCCAGCAGGUCUGCUGUUGGGCACCCCCAGCCCUCUGCAGCCUGUGGGGAGAAAAGGGAUCCCCCUCCCACCCGGGGACAGCGUGGGAGGGGGAGGGAUCCCACCCAGGUGCCUGGGCAAGGGGGACCCCCAGACCUGCAGUCUGGGGCUCGGCACGCUCCUGACCGUUCCCGUGUGGGUGUUUGAAGGGGCCGAGGAGGUGAGGCUGCAGGAUGGUCCCUCGCGCUGUGCUGGAAGAGUGGAGGUGAAACGCCAGGGCCAGUGGGGGACCGUGUGUGGUGUCUCCUGGGACAAACGUGAUGCUGCAGUGGUCUGUAAGCAGCUGGGCUGUGGGUCUGCUCUUGAAGCUCCUCAGUACGGAUACUUUGGGCCCGGAUCUGGCCCCAUUUGGAUGGCUGGUGUUCGGUGUCGUGGCACCGAGUCUGCUCUGUCCGACUGCUCAGAUGAUAAACGGAGCUGCCUGGCAGCACGGAGGCCCUGGCUGCCCCACGGCAGCGGCACUGAGAGCAGCUCACGUGGGCGCCACAGCCCCAGGGAAGGGCCCAAGGUGGCCGGGGACUGCUGGGGCUCUGGGAACCCAUGGGGGUCUUUGGUUGCUCCAGGAUUUGUCCGGCUGGUCGGAGGGGACAGCACCUGCUCAGGACGAGUGGAGAUCCGUGAUGGGAACCAGUGGAAAACUGUCUGUGACUCAGACUUUGGUCCCCAAGCCGCCGCCGUGGUCUGCGGGGAGCUGCGGUGCGGCACACCCCUGCCUGUCCCUGGGGCAUCUCCCUUUGGAGAAGGGGAUGGUCCCAUCUGGGGCAGAGAGCUGCAGUGUGUGGGGAGUGAAGCCUCUCUCGCCUUCUGCCCCAUGGGAUCCCCCCGGGACCAGCCUUGCACCCACGCUAACGCUGCCGGCGUCACCUGCACACGUAAGGACUCGGAGGGGUGUUGAACGCUGAGUGUGAGCUGGGGCGGGGGAGCAGGACAGGGACUGCGCCGUGCUGGGUGUGGUGACAGCAGGGGUGACGUGGCUGUCGGCAGCCCUGGAAGGCUGCAGGAGCAGGGGAAAGGAAGGCUGUCGCUCUGGUCCCUCCUCCGGCUGUGGAGGGAGCAAGAGCACCAGUCCACCCUCCCUCAUCUUCCUCUGUCCCCAGCGUUCAGGCUGGUGAACGGCAGCACAGCUUGUGACGGGAGGGUGGAGGUCCAGGUGCUGGGGACCUGGGGCACCCUCUGUGCCUCCCACUGGGACCCCCCGGACGCCCACGUUCUCUGUCGUCACCUUGGCUGCGGGUUUGCUGAGUCCGUUCCCAGGGGAGGGCAUUUUGGGAGAGGCACCGGCCCCGUCUGGAGAGACUGGUUCCACUGUGAUGGGACUGAAGCCCACCUGGGACUGUGCCCAGUGACGGCCCUGGGGGCCUCUCCGUGCGCCCAGGAGAACAACGCUGCUGUCAUUUGCUCAGGUCCAGCCAACGCCACGUCCCUGCGGCUGGUGGGUGGGGAGAGCCGGUGCGACGGGCGAGUGGAGAUCUUCCAGGGCGGGACGUGGGGCAGAGUCCUGGAUGACCAGUGGGACCUGGCGGAGGCCCGCGUGGUGUGCCGGCAGCUGCGGUGCGGGGGGGCAGAGACGGCCUACAACCCCCCGAAGCCUCAGAGAGGGACGGGUCCCGUGGGGCUGCGAGGGGUCCGGUGCGCGGGGCACGAGGCCGGGCUGACCCUCUGCAACGCCUCCGUGCCUGAGAACGCCCUGGCGGCAGGGAUCGCAGAGGACGUGGGGGUCACUUGUGAGGGGAGCCGGCAGGUCCGGCUGGUGAACGGCUCCGGGCGCUGCGCCGGGAGAGUGGAGAUCUACCGCCAGGGCAGCUGGGGGACCAUCUGCGAUGACGGCUGGGGCCUGCCUGACGCCGCCGUCGUUUGCCGCCAGCUGGGCUGCGGACGGGCGCUGGAGGCGGCCGUCGCUGCUCGUUUCGGCAAAGGCUCCGGUCGCAUCUGGCUGGACGGUGUGAACUGCUCCGGGGCCGAAGGUGCUCUCUGGGACUGCCCGGCACAGCCCUGGGGGCAGCACGACUGCGCGCACAAGGAGGAUGCAGGAGUCGUCUGCUCAGAGUUCACGUCCCUGAGGCUGGAGCGCGGCAACGACUGCUCCGGGUACCUGCAAGUCUAUUAUAACGGGACGUGGGGGAGCGUUUGCUCCAACUCGAUGACUCUCCGAACGGCGUCGCUGGCGUGCAAGGAGCUGGGCUGUGGGGACGAAGGGACGCUGGAUACACAACUGCCCUCCGGCAAGCUGUCUGGCACCGCCUGGCUGGAUCGUGUGCAGUGUGGGGAGAAAAACAGCUCCUUCUGGCAGUGCCCCUCCGCUCCCUGGAACCCGGAGUCCUGCGAUACCCUGCAGGAGAAGACCCACAUCACCUGCAAUGGGAGACGGCCAGAAACACCCCCGGCCCCCGGGUCCGAGUGCCCCAACGCCACCACCUGCACAGACAGGGAGAAGAUUCGUGCCGUGGGAGGAGCGGACGGGUGCUCGGGCAGAGUGGAGAUCUGGCACGACGGCUCCUGGCGGAGGGUGUGCGACAACUCCUGGGCCAAGCAGGAGGCCGAGGUGGCGUGCAGGCAGCUGGGCUGCGGCUCCGCCGUGUAUCCCCUGGACAACGCUGCCUUUGGGAAGGGGACAGGCCCCGUCUGGCUGGAGAAGGUGGAUUGCCGGGGGACAGAGCUGUCUCUGCAGCACUGCUCUGCCCGGCCUGGGGACAGCGGUGCCUGCCAGCACGAGGAGGGCGCAGCCGUGAACUGCUCAGGUGAGCGGAGGGGCUGA